GUGAUCCAGGCGUUGCACGAGCUCCUUGGCAGCCGAGUCGAAUUCGCUGUGAGCCGCUUGGAUCUUGCUCUCCGACUCUUUUUGCAGAGUGGUCUUGAGCAAGUUGAUAUCUGAGGCGACCCUAGAGAGCUCUGACUUGGCUUUCUCUAGUGCUGAAUCGUACUUGCUUUCACGCGUGGUGUCGGCGUUGAUGACGGUUAUGAUGUCGUUGACAAUCUUGACUACAUCCUGCACCACUGGCUCGUUGGCCUCGGACACGGCGAGGUGGUCAAUUUGGCUAAUGGGUUUGGCGGGAGCGGGAGCAGAGACUGUUUUCUCCUUCUUGACCUCUUUUGUAGAUGUCUCGGCAGCCUUUGCUUUGCGGGUAGGUUCAGGCUUCUUCUCCUGCUUCUGCUGCGUUCCUACUUUUGGUGCCUGUGUCUCGGCAGCGGGGCCAGACUUGACGUUGGAUCCGAUAGCACUGACGUGGGGACCCUUGACGGCAAGAUCAGAGCCUUCUUCUGCCACGCGCGAAGUGAGGCCACUCUUUCCAGGUAUCGUGACUUUGCUCUCGCCUGUGAUCUGCGGGUGGAGACGAGGCUCGCCGGCACGGCCGGGGAAUCGUCUCCUGAACUCGCGCUCCUCAAAGUAUGCGACCGAAUCCUCGCCAAAGGGCACGUACUCGGUGAAGAAGUCGUGGAAGUUGUCCGAGACAAGCGAGUAGUACACACCACCCGCGUAUCCGAGAACAGACAAGAGCAAAAGGCGGAACAGGUACUUGCGGAGACGGCGCUUUGGCUUGGGGGGCUUUGGAUCGGGGGCUACACUGGCAGAGCCGGGACCAGUGGGAGGAGUGGUGGCAGGUGGGAUGGCGGGAGCUGCUCGCGAUGAUGUUGAUGUCGAUGCGGCCGAGGUCUCGGGGGCUGGGGGCGGUUUAGGGAUGUCGGAUGGGGCUAUUGUGGCAUUGGAGAUGGGCUCUGCGUUGGAUGGCGAUGUGGUGGGAGCGGGAUUGGGAAUGGCCGUCUCCCCCAGGUUUUUCUGGUCAACGGCAUAGAAGCGCUGGGCAACGCGCCAUUGCGGGCUGGUGCGGGCAGCAAUUGGGCGCAGUGCUGGCCGAGCCCGUAGAAUUGAGGCGCGCAGCAUGGUGAGCAGCCUCCAAUGGGUUCGAGAUGGCGGGGUGGAGGGAGGGGGAGAAGGGAGGUGGUCGUGAUGAUGCUGGCUGGCCGAGUCGGAGAGCUUCACAGCUUGCACCGAAGAAUCAGGACUGGGCUGCCCAACCUGAACACACGUGACCUGUCGUCGGUCGUUGGUUUCUCCGAUCCCUCCUCCGCCUCACCUCUCUUACAGGUCCCCCACCUUGACACCCUCAUUUUCUCUUCAUCUUUACUCAUAUGAUGGCAAUUAUGAUUCACAUGCUGGUUCAAUUCAAGUCGUCGUCACAAGCAUCCCCUCUUGUCUCCCUCGACACAAACAACCUUGGAACAUUCCCCACUGACAACUUGGCUAACCUCCCUUGACCACUACUGAACAGUUCACCAUAAAUACAUACACAUGUAGGUAUGCAGCGACGAGGGCAAACGAAACAGCUUUUACCAUUCGCCUCUCCUCCCACUGUUCCAUUGUUCGAACCUACGUCCAUCUUAGUUCUUCACGCUACUCUUCACUCCAGUUACAUCAUUCUUCUCCUUGCUCAUUCAUGUCUCACUGUAUUCGCACUACUACGCACUGCCACGUUACUCUCACACCACCACGUCAUCUCAGCAUGACUCCCACGGCACACCACCAGGCAGCCGUUUUGGCAAACUUGUUCGACUUUGCCUGCGCAUGCUGUAAUAGUUUGCCCCCGUUAUCUCAUCACCUGCCAUUACCCAACAACACAUCACUUGCGCAUUCCACAUUUCACUUCCAGCUUACGUUCACCCCAAAAAACUACUACAACUAACCCAUUUUCCAUCUACUUCUUUUAAUCAAAUUCUGGAAACCAAAACCCACCUGCACAGCCUGUGCAACUCCGCCAUCAUGGACGAGGAGGGGGUUACCACCCGGCUCGCGCGUGACCGCCUAGCUAUGCUCACCGAGCUCUACACCAACCCAUCACGCGCCCUCGGCAUCAUUCCCACAACGGCAAAGCAGCAGCACCGAAACCGCUCCUACGCUCGAGCAAAGAGAACCCGCAGCUCCGGCGCCGACCUCAAUGAAUUUCCGUUCCCGUUGCAGCCCUCCCCGGGACUUCUCAGUACCCGCGGGUACCGCGUCGCGCAGACUCCUACUACUGCUACGCGCAAACACAGUCACCACAACCACCUCCCCAUGCCUGUAGUGAUCGCGCAGGACCAGAAAAAUCCGCCCCUCGAUGGAUGCUACCGCGACAGCACAGCCACAGCUGCUCUCCUCCAAAACAGCAUCUCCCCUCCCGAUCUCGACCCCUGGGUGCUCCCAGACUUCGAGGACUGGGAGCUCGAAGCCGAGAGCCCGUCGUCGCCGUCACCCCGUCGCGAACCCUGGAGAGGCGCUGGUGCCGCGGAGAAGAGCGCAGAGUGGGCUCCCCUCGUUGAACGCGCUGUAAGGUCCAACCAGGAGCGGUUGAGACUGAGGCUUGAAGGCGAUGGGUGGGCUUUUGUGGGUCGGGGUAGGUAUGCGGAGGAUGUGGUGGAAGAAGGCAGGAUUGAAGAGAAGGUUGAUGAGGAGUUUGAUGUUGUUAUUUUACCGCGUGUUGCCGGCGUUGCUUGAUACCCCUUCCUCUCCAUCUUUCUUUCCUGGGACGACGCUGAAUACCUUGUCUCUUUUAAUGAUUUCUGACUUCCCUUCCGAUGCCUGUUCGAGGGAUGUGGAAAAGCUAUGUCACGCAAUGGAUUCUUCGUGUACAACGUUUUACACCUUCCACUCCUUACACAUAGAUACAACUUUUCCCUUCCACGCGCAUAGUCUCAUUCUCUCUGUGUAAAACGCCCACUUUUUACAACAUUCCCUUGUCUGUAUCUUUGCUACUUCUCCACACAAUUGUACUCUCCCACCAAACACCUUGCUAAUAAAAUUUUCACCCUAUAAUUACAGAGUUCUGCCUUUCUUGUUUGUUCCUCUUUUAAUUUUUUUCUAGAGAAGGCCUAGUAUAUAUCACCUCAUUUAUGUCCCUCAGAUAUCAAUAUCCCCAUCCUGUUAGAAGCCACCAAAAGACAUGUUGCGUUUUCGCAUCCUCUUCUUCGAGAAAUGAAGCAGAGAUCGCAAAGAUUGUUUGUAUUCUUGUUCC